GGCUCCUGCCGCCGGCGGCGCCUGGCGCCCCUCAACGAGGACAACGGGCGGUUCCUGCUGCUGGCCGCCCUCAUCGCGGCGUACCUGAGCGCCGGCGCCACCGUCUUCUCGGCCCUCGAGAGCCCGUCGGAGGCGGCGGCGCAGCUCCGCUGGAACCGGACCCUGCACAACUUCAGCCGCAUCUUCAACAUCAGCCUGCCGGAGCUGCGCGCCUUCCUGCGGAGCUACGAGGCGGCCAUGGCCGCGGGCAUCCGCGUCGACGCCCUGCGGCCCCGCUGGGACUUCCCCGGCGCCUUCUACUUCGUGGGCACCGUCGUCUCCACCAUAGGUUUUGGAAUGACCACACCAGCAACUGUGGCUGGAAAGGUAUUCCUCAUCGUUUAUGGCCUUUUUGGGUGUGCUGGGACUAUCCUUUUCUUCAACCUCUUCUUGGAGCGCAUUAUCUCCCUCCUGGCAUUUAUCAUGAAGGCGUGCCACGAGAGACAGCUGCGAAGAAGUGGUCUCCUACCUCCCAACUUCCGAAGGGGGCCAGCUAUGUCAGGGGUGGGCAGCCUCGUGGGCUGGAAGCCAUCCGUUUACCAUGUGUUGCUGAUUCUGGGAAUAUUUGCUAUUACCCUUUCCUGCUGCGCCUCCGCAAUGUACACGGCGGUAGAAGGAUGGAACUACGUUGAUUCCUUGUACUAUUGCUUUGUCACGUUCAGCACCAUCGGCUUUGGAGAUUUGGUAAGCAGCCAGAACGCUGCAUACCAAAAUCAGGGAUUAUACAGAUUCGGAAACUUUGUAUUUAUAUUUAUGGGGGUAUGUUGCAUAUACUCUCUUUUUAAUGUCAUUUCAAUUGUAAUCAAGCAAGUUUUGAACUGGGUGUUGAAAAAAUUCGAAUGCAGAUGUUGCCCAAAGUGCCAUAAAUCAAGUACCCGCCUCAGCCGUCGCAACGCCAUCACCCCCGGAGCCCGCCUGCGUCGACAUAACAUCUCAGUGGACACUGAUGGACAGUACGACAGUGACACCGAGGGGAGGAGGCUCUCUGGAGAGAUGAUCUCCAUGAGGGAGCUCACGGCAUCCAAUAAGGUCUCCCUGGCCAUUUUGCAAAAGCAGUUGUCUGAGACAGCCAACGGCUACCCCAGGAAUGUUUGUAUCAAUACGAGACAAAACGGUUUCUCUGCAGGGGUGGGUGCUCUAGCCAUCAUGAACAACCGCUUGGCAGAAACGAGUGAUUCUAGACAGAGCAGAUACCAGCAAUACCUGGACACAGGCUGAAGCACAAGAAAUCAGAAGGAAACUGAAGGAACAGAGUGGGACAGUGAAAGCACACUGCACUAGAUUGCACUUUCUUUUCAGGUAAUUUGGGAGUUGUAUUACAUUCUUGAAAUUUUUUUUUCUAGGUUUUAUUUUUUGAUAGCCUUGAAAGAAUGCAAUUAACUUAGGAUUUAAAAGUUCAUCUUCCCUAAUACAACCUCCUCAGCCUCCCCCUGCAGAACAGCAGCAGUGACUCCUAGCUGGCACAGACCAAGACAUCCCAGUUGCCUGCUGAGAAGUUGUACAGGCAGUGCAGACCUGGGCUCAGACCCCAUGCCCCAGGUUAGUCUUUUGCUGCCUGAGCCCAGGGAAGAGCAUUCAGGAGCAGCAGAAAGCUACAGGACUUGGGACUUCUCUGUGAGCCAGCCCUUAGUGAGAACAAUGAUGGCACAGGUGUGAGCUGGUCAGACAAAGGAGAUACCACGUUCACCUGGCACAUGUGCUAAUACCUUGCAGAUGAAAAUUAAAAUUUACGUGAAAAUUAAUGAGGGACAAUGGUGAAGCAGCAUCUUCUCUUUCCCCUUGAGCUCAGGGCAGAACAAUUACAAGGAAUAGUUUCUUGUGAAACCUGUAGCAUUUGGCAAGUCACUACAUUUACUUCUUGGGGUUUGUCUUCCCUGUUUGUGUCUUGGACAAAGUUUGGAGUCACACUGAGAUGUCAUCUGUUUCUCUUUGGUUUCUUCUCAUCUGCAAAGCACAGUUCUCAUUUUGUGCAAAAAAUUUAGAUUUUUUUUUAUUUGCUUGCAAUAAGGAAGGACGUCCUUCAGACCAUAUAGAUGUUCAGAGAAGUAAUCUCAGUGACCUCAGCCGCACAUGGAAGUUUCUGAAGGACGAGGCUGCAGUUUGCCUGUCUCCCUGCAGAAGAAGCAUUGCACAAGUAACUCCCAUUACUGCUAGCAAGAUAUAUAAAUGUUCUUUAGGCAGUGGUUGGGGCCAUGCAGCAGGAGGCACAACUGAAAAUGCAAGAUGGGUAUUUGUGCGUCUUUGCUAUGUACCUGCUAGUUGGCAGCCCAAUUAGGAGCUCUGAUUGCAACCAGAAUUACUGGUGGAAGAUAGGAGAGGUGUAAGAAUCACACCAAAGCUCUCUAUGACCAUGGUGUCCCAGCACUGCUUCAGCCCUGGCCCUGAGUCUUUUCCCUUCCCCAGCUUUCUGUGGGUGAAAAUUUGGGUAUAUUAUGACCAUUUACCCAUAUUUCAGUCAUGUCUUAGCUUGCUACUGAAAGAAAGACUUAUAGUAGUAGUGGAGGUCAUAUAGCCAAGUAUGUGGGCAGAGUAUAAACCUGAUUGCCUAUGUGGGAUGAAUUUAUAAUUAUAUGAAAAUUAGCUGUAGCAAUGAGACCGUUCUCACUUCUUAGUAUUUUUCCAGCCUUUAACUUGAAAAAUAUUCAGUGACAAAUCAUCGCAACGAAUGUUCGGAGCUAAUCUAAACAAAACCGUAUUUUGCUGAUCGCUAGCAAAUCUGUGGGUAUGGCUUCUGCUCUAAUUGGAUUACUAAUGUGCCUUUCCAAACCAAUACACAUUUGCAAUGCUAUAUUUAAAUAAUACAAUAAAUGCUAUGUUACAUAAUAACUUCAAUUAGGGCAAAUUAAUACUUGACUCACACAAAAUAACUAAUGAACUGUGCAUUGCUCAUUGUACAACCAAUAUACAAUUUCUUUUUUUUGUGUGUGAAUAUGUCCAUAUUUGAGCUCAAAUUCUGCUUUCAUGAAUGCUAGGGAAACAGAAACUACAUUGUAGAAAAUAAUAGGCAAUUCCACUGAGAUUCCACAAAGGAUAUGUAUAUUAGUACAUACACAGUAAGUGGUUCAUUAUGCAUGAUAAAUAUGUUGUACAGCAACAGCACUGAGGAAGGACUACUUCAGUUUACACAGCCACAGUCUGUGGCUACCAAUAAAGACACAUGCCUUUUUUCUUUCUCUUUUUGUUUAUUAAAUAGGUAACAUCCACUCUGUAAUUAGAAUAAGACUUUAAACCAUCAAAAAGAAAAUGCGAUUGCCCUAAAGUUUGCAUAGCCAAAAAGAGGUCUAAAGUCAGAUCCAGGUGUGUCCCAGACAGCUCCCAAGCCCAGACUCAGCAUGGGAUGCAGGUAGGUUUAAAAUUGUGUAAUAUCAUCAUCCCAUGUGUUUUCAGGAUUGGGCUCUCCAGCAGGUGGUGCUUUAUCAAACAGUCUUAAGAAAUACGAAGGUGUUCCCUUAUUCCUUUUAUACUUUGCAAGAUGUAACAGUACUUUUUGAAGCCAGUGAGUCAAUGCAAAAGUAAUGCUUUUAUAACAUACAAUAAACAAUGAGAAAAAAUUACUGCUAUUUCUGACUCUGCAAAUCAAACAGCCAGGUUUUCUCAAUGGGUAUAAUUUCCUAUUCCAUGCAAGUAAAAUUAUGUCCAGAAAAUUUUUGCUUGUGGUAACAUCAAUAGACUGCACAGGCAGUGCAAUAAUUCAGUUCCAAUUUUAUUGUAAAACCUCAGUAUCUGAAAGCACAUCUGAAAAUGGUUUGCAGAUUGUUGGAGGUGGGGAGGGAUUGUGUGUGUAAACAUUGUUUAUUUACAAAAAUAAAAAGUACUAUUCUACAUAUACAAACACAUUUUUAGCUCACUGGAAUACUACCUUGUUGGGCACUCUCUGCAAAAAUAUUAGUUUCAAAGUUCCAGCUGAUUUCAGUUAUUCAAGUCUCAAGGUACAUGCGCAAAAAACAUUCCUGUUUAUUUUAUUUCUUUUUAAAAGAGCACAGCUUGGUAGGUAUCUUUAACUGAGCUGGCAUUACUGUUUCCUAUUACAAGCCUCAGUAGUUUUACUUCUGCAGUUUAUUUCAAUGGUUUUGGUAUUUGCUCACUUCUGCAUUGAAUUAUAAAACAGUGAUCAGUUCUGUGCUGUUUUCUGGUUAGUAUCUCUUUCCUUUUUGUAUUAAUUACAAAUAGAUGAAAUAUUGACACCAGCAAAAUAUCCAGCAGAUGUUCCCAGACACACCAAAAUUAGUCACUCUUAUGAAUAUUUUUCUUUUAAAAAUUGUUUUGUAAAAUCUAAAUCCUGAGUAUAAAUUGUGUAUCAUGGCUGAAAUUAGUAAACAAUAUUUUUCCUACCAACAGAAAUCCAGUGAAAUAUGCUAAAGAUUAAGUUUUAUGUAAAAAGACUUUCCUGUUUCAUUGGCCCAUUUCAUCUAAUUUUUUUUCAAAUUCUUAGCCAGAAGUAUGUAAAUCUCAUUUGGAAAAUGCCCUGUGCUGUACAUUAAUUCCUAUGAAUAGAGCUUCUAAAGGGAUUAAAACCGAGCCUACCUGACUGCUGCAAACAGAACUGCAUGUAUAAACCUUCAAAACCUUAAAUAUUUGUACCUGUUUGGCAAUUGCAAACCAAGGGCAUGCUAAUGUAAUUCCAGUUCAGGCAAAGAAAUGUAAAUCAUGGGGUUCUACUUGCUGCUAACCACUUUUAUCAAAAAGACCUCGAGUACAUACCUACAGCAUCAAGGGUAAUGUACUGACUCUUGAUACUCAAAGAUGUUCCUUCGUAGGUUGGUUUGGUGGCUGGGAGUUGGCACUGGGGUGGUUAAAGCAGCUUGGCUGGGUGAUGCUGGCAAUCCCUUUUGUUGUGCCUCAGGAGGUGUUUGCCAUCACCUCAGUCCCUGUCUUUAGGAAUCACACACGCCUGCCCCUGCCCCUGCCCUUGAAUCAGGGACAGCAGCUGUGCUGUUUGAAUUACCAACAUACAAAAAUACAGGGAAAGGCAAAAAGAAAAAAGGGAAAAAGAAGACUGACAUUGUAUUGAGCCUCUCUUGAGAAGCACAGCGAAGUACUGUGUGUAUAGCUUGUGCUAGACUGUUUCUGACCACCUUUGAACCCUGGGUUGUUCCUGGAACUGGAGUGUUUGGGAUGCAGGUGCAGUUAUCAACUCAUUUUACAUUCCCCCCUGCAUCAGCAAAGCAGUAAUCCUCCUGUGAUCCUACUUUCCUCAUAAAAUGGAUAGAUUUGUUUAGACUUUCAUAGGAUGACAGCAUAUAUAAAUAUUGCAAGAUGAAUCAAUUACCAAGGGCUGGUUAUAUCUGCUAAGAGAUCAUUAUCAGUAAAAAAAAAGGGAAAAUUGUCUUACCAUCCUACAAGUAUAGUGAAGCAACAGAAGAAGUGCUCUGAGCAGAAAGUAAGGUGUCCCAAAGCUCAGGCAUGCACCACAAAAUUACAAUAGCAUUCUUUUCCAAAGCUCAAUGCACCUGUACCUUGGGGAAAAGCCUGGGUUUCUGCCAGCACCAGGGCAGGCAAGGCUUAUAUUUUCUUCACCUAUAUGAAAGCAAAAUGUAUUUGAGGCCAUGCCUUGGCUGCAUAGCACUCAGGGAUGGAGUUGCCAAUGUCCACAAAUUUAAGCAUGUCCAUGGUCCAGAGACCAUGAAUAAUGGUCCAGUCUCCAGCAGAAAAUGGAUCUGCCUCGAGGUGUCUGUCAUUUUUGGAGAGGAGUUGAAUGUCAUAGCAAUCCACAGCUGCCUCCUCUGGCCAAGUUUCCCCUGGUGUGGGAUCAAUCCCACUGCCAGCCCCUGUGAUUGUACUGCCAGGAGACCAGUGCAGAUCAUCAGCAAUGUGCUCAUAUCCCUGCCUUCUUAAUGGACUAAAAACGUUGGAAAAUAGAUAAUUUUCUAUUUUAAUGAUCAAAAGAAUGUUGUCCAUUAUUCACAGCCUACACACAAGAUGUCAUGAUUUUCAAUUUUCCUGCACUGAUCGCUCAGUCCAUUUGACAGCUGACCUUCAAGUGGUCAUGGCUUUUCGAAAAAAAAAAAAAAGAAACAAAAAACCCAAGUAAAAAAACCAAACACCCAAUACCAACAUACCAGAAAAGCGAAAUAAUCCUAAAUGAGGCGGUAAGGAUCUCACAUGCAAAAGCUGUGAGCAGAGCUGCCGCUGUCCACAGCAGCCAGAUGCUUCUCCAGCAGUGGGAGAAGCUUGGGUUCAGGAGAGCAUCAGCUGGGUGGUUGGGGUGCUGACAUUGCCCUACAAACAGCUGCAGCACUUGCUGAACCAGUUUCUGCUGCUGUCUUUACCCUGUUAGGGGCAUUUCUCAUCACUGGUACUGAAAUCAGAGGAUGGCAGCAAAUCUUACACAAGCUUUUUACUGCUACUGUUGCAUAUGGGUGUUAGCCAGGGACAUUUGUAACAACCAAAAGGAAUUUCAGCUGAGCAUUGGUCAGAAAAAAUAACAUGUUGCCAGCGAGGAACAGCUGCAGCAGGUUCCAGUGCCCAGCAUCACUCAACAUUCUCCCAAAGAGUUGAACUCUACAGAGAUUACCUAAAUAAGCCAAAAGAGGUGAUAUGCUCUAAGAAGCAAGUGCUGCUGUUACCUGAAUCUGGAGUAACUCAGUUGAAUUGCAGGUAAUAAAUAGCCCAAUUAAACAGAUGUAAUGACUUUUAAAUGCCUGCUAGAAGUCAAAAGGAGAUGGAUGCAUUUUUCCAGCACAGUUUCAGUUGUGUUUAUCAAGUCAAGUGGUAAAAUGAAGAAGCAUAAGUUCCUGUAAAUUGGUGAUUAGAAAACAUAGAUUUUUUUACUCUCUUUCAGAUGAUGCUUCCUGGCAGAACAUUAAACUGGAAUAAAUUUCAAGAUUGAAAUCUGUUUAAACAAGUGGCAAUUUUUAAAAUGCUUUAAUUCUGGGUUGACAGGAACUUUGCCUCCAACACAUACCGUAAUUAUGAGUGCUCUUGAUGAAUCAGUCCCAUUUUUUGUGUCAGCUCAGGAUUUUUCCACUAUAAAAUCUUUGAAUGAAGAGGACUAAAAGCCAUAUACAAAGCCAAUUAGAUACAGAUCACAUUUCUACUGGUACAUUAUAUACAAUUUACAAACAAAAAUGGGUAUUUUGGGCUUGGCACCCCUUCAUUCACAGAAGCAUGGUUAUGGACCUAGGAGGCAGAGACAGCUGAUGUGCAGCCACAUUGCAAAGCAGUGCAGAGGUGCUGGGGAAGGAUUCUUAGAGCUAGUGGUUAAUGACACUGUGGAAGAACCCACUGAUGGUGUUUGGGGAACCUUACUGUGUGUUUUUAAUGCUGUGAUAUAUGGUCAAGUAUGAAUUCUGUACAUCUGGGAGGAUGUCAAAUUCCAGGUGACAUUUGGAAUGUUGCAAUUAAGUUAUUACAAAGACUUUUGAAAUAAACAGGA